CAGAAAAAAAGUCACCACCAUAAAAGGAUGUCUGCAUAAUCUCUCUUAAAACGACGUGCCAAGGUUAACCUACAUCAGUUUUAGACAAAUACUGACUGCCUCGACACAGCCUGAACAAGCCACUAAGAGCCUAGACCAUUUGGAAACCACAGACUCUCAGUUCUUCAAGAGCAGCAUGGACUAGAGGCCCCCCCCAAGGACUGGACAGAGUAGGAGACAUGAAGCCCGGUCAUUAGAGAGAAGGGUCCAGAGUGCCUUUAACCUCUUGACAGUCAAUUGCCUCACAUGGAAAGGAGACACCUCAAACACUGCUGAUGGAUAUAAAAAUGGACAACAAUCUUACUACACCCUCUACAGCUCCUCAGGAAAGCAACUGUGAUCUGUACGCACACCACAACACAGCCAUGGUACUGAUGCCUCUGCAUUACAGCAUCGUCUUCAUAAUUGGGCUCAUAGGAAACUUGUUAGCUUUGGUUGUCAUUGUUCAAAACAGGAAAAAAAUAAACUCUACCACCUUAUAUUCAACAAAUUUAGUGAUUUCUGAUAUACUCUUUACUACUGCUUUGCCUACAAGGAUAGCCUACUAUGCACUGGGCUUUGACUGGAGAAUCGGAGAAGCCCUGUGUAGGAUAACAGCUCUCGUGUUUUACAUCAAUACCUAUGCAGGUGUGAACUUCAUGACCUGCCUGAGCAUUGACCGGUUCUUUGCUGUGGUGCACCCUCUGCGAUACAACAAGAUAAAAAGAAUUGAACAUGCAAAAGGUAUCUGCAUAUUUGUCUGGAUUCUAGUAUUUGCACAAACACUCCCGCUACUCAUAAAACCUAUGUCGAAGCAGGAGAGUGAAAGGACUACAUGCAUGGAAUAUCCAAACUUUGAAGAGACCGAAUCUCUUCACUGGAUUCUGCUUGGUGCCUGUUUCAUAGGCUAUGUACUUCCACUCAUAAUCAUUCUCAUCUGCUAUUCUCAAAUCUGUUGCAAACUCUUUAAAACUGCAAAACAAAACCCACUAACUGAAAAAUCUGGUGUAAACAAAAAGGCACUCAACACAAUUAUUUUUAUAAUUGUUGUGUUUGUUCUCUGUUUCACACCUUAUCACGUUGCGAUUAUUCAACACAUGAUUAAGAAGCUUCGUUUUCCUUAUCUCCUAGAAUGUAGCCAAAGGCAUUCAUUCCAGAUAUCUCUACACAUUACAGUAUGCCUGAUGAACUUCAAUUGCUGUAUGGACCCAUUUAUAUAUUUCUUUGCUUGUAAAGGGUACAAGCGAAAGGUCAUGAAGAUGUUGAAACGCCAAGUCAGUGUAUCAAUUUCCAGUGCCGUGAAGUCAGCUCCUGAAGAAAACUCACGUGAAAUGACGGAAACACAAAUGAUGAUACAUUCUAAGUCUUUAAAUGGAAAGUAAAAAGGAAUUAAAUCCUGGAUUUGUAGCAAAGUAAACAGUAUGAUGAACUUUGCAGGACUUUUCUUACAAAGCAAAAUGGCUGUUCAACUUCCAAUUAGGAUUCUUUUAAAUUCCUUUCAUUGGGCACUAUUCCCCACCUUUAACUUGGAAAUAAAAUGACAUAUAUGUAUUUUUUAUACUCCAGAGAACAUAGAGUGAAGUUCUAAUCUGUAAAUGAAAUACUGUACCAAAAGGGAGCCUAUUUUCAUAGCUCUUAGUAAAGUUCUACAUUCGUGAAAAAUUAAAUCAUUAAUAUUUCCUGCCAAUAAUUUGGAAAAAGACAGUUAAGAUUGUAUAUUGCCAGUGUAAAAAUGUUAAUAUUGUAACAUUUUUUUUUUGACAAUGUAUUUCUUCAAUCCAUGUUUCCUUCAUUCUUACUUUAUCUCCUCAAUAACACCAGCUGUUAGUUUGAUUUGUUCUGAGUCACAAGAUUUUGUCUCAAACAAGUCUUUUGGAAUAAAGAGCAGGAUGCCACAAAAUAAAGAGUAUGUCUUUCAAUGCU